ACUCUCGUGCUGAGAACAGACGCAUCUAGAGCUCUGCACAGGAAGAAUCAGACGCUGAUAUUUCAAGGGAGGCGGACGCUCGGGGCCCAGUUCAAGAGGAACCAUGAAGGCCCACUUACUUCUUGUUAUCUUGGCGCUGUCGGUGUCCCUCCGGAUGGCCCAGGCAAGUGAGUGUGCAAGCAGAAGAGGUGUCUGCAGAGCCAGCGGUAAGAGGGGCUGCGUGAGACUCCAAGGAGAGUGUGAUAACGACCAAGUCUGCUGCCAAAAGAACAGCAGAUUGGAGAAGAGAAAGUGUCGCCAGAAGAGACGCUGCACCAAAGAAGGGGGCGAAUGUAUACCAAAAGAGGAAUCUUGUUUGAAGAUCACCAGCGACGACCUCUGCAAGGGUGCAAGUUGCAAAUGCUGUUUAGGGGAUAAUCCUUCUUGCACCACCACUCCGGGGUGUCAACUCCGGGGAGGCUUCUGCUUCAGGAAUUCCGGGGGCGAUUUGUGCGCAGAUGGCACCGUCCUCAGCGACGAAUGCGAGGGAGCCAAGUGCGCCUGUUGUAUUCCCAAGACAGGUUCUUGCCAGUGUGGCGUGGCAAAUGACGUCCGUAUCAUAGGGGGUGAAGAGAUAUCUCCUCCGAACAAAUUUCCUUGGCUUGUUGGCAUGCUUCAACCUAAAGUAUUUGGUGAUCAAUUUUUCUGUGGAGGUUCUAUCAUUAGUCGGAACUACGUUCUAACUGCUGCACACUGUCUGCUUGGUGACGACAGCCUGCCCUUACCAGCAAAGGAAUUUCAAGUAGGAAUUGCUAACCACAAUUUCAAUUCUGAAGAUGACGACAUACAAGGCGUCACUCAGGCAGUGGAUGUGAAAAGUUACGUCAUCCACGAGGAUUACGUCCCUGAGGAUUUUGAUGAUAACAAUAAUGACAUCGCUCUCCUGCUUUUGAAAGAGACAUUGGACCUGACGUCAUACCCACAAGUUCGACCAGUGUGUCUGCCUGACCCGAACACGAAGUAUGAGGGACAGAAGGGGACCGUGGUAGGCUGGGGAGACACCAAGAACGGGAAGGGGGCUUAUCCCGAUGCCGCCAGGGAGGUCGACGUCCCCAUCAAGGACUGUAAACGCAAAGUAGCUGGUGUUCCAAUCACCCCCCAAAUGAUGUGCGCAGGGAGGAAGAAGUCGAAGAACAAGGGCGCAAAGGGUGCCUGCUUUGGCGACUCUGGCGGGCCGCUUUUCGUGAAGGAAGGCGGGAAAUACACUCAGGUGGGGAUUGUCUCCUUUGGGGGAAGUUGUCUUAAGCCCGCGGUGUUCGCUCGAGUCUCUGAGUUUCUCACGUGGAUCAGCGAUAACACUCCUGGUGAGACUUACUGCCAGUAGUAUUGCUUGGUGUGUGGAAGCAGGUACAUAAUAACCAUACAUGUUUAGCUUUUAUCUCUGAAAAAUUUGCAUACAAUUUCACGCAAGACCAUGUAUUAUCGAGUGUUUGUUAUCAUAUCUUGUUUUUAUGUUUCCUAAGGACACUUUUCUUUGUAUGAAACGCACGUGAUGUACUUCAGUAAGAAAUAUAUAUUUUCAAC